GCCAAAUUUUGAAAGUUAGAGAUCAAUAACACAGAAACCUUAUAAUUUGCGCCAAUUCCCAUUUAUUAUUGACCCCCGUUUGGUAUAAUUUAUUAUCAUAUGCCAUGGCUGAAAAUUUUGCAGGCCAGAAUUAUAUAUCAAAAUAAUUUUAAAAAUAAAAAUAAAAUUCAAAACCCAGACGCAUCCAAAGUUCGCUGAACGCCACAAUACAAAGACAAAAAUACGUUUCAUUUUCGGAAGUUCGGGUGAUGGAUUCCAUACACACUGUUUGCCUCCAGAAGCAGCGUAUUCUUCGAUCCAUUCAGUCCAAUUAUUAGGAAGUGUUUGCAUAUAAAUGGCAGAGUCUUCAGUGGACAGUAUAUUGGAAUUUCUAAGAAGAAAUAAAUUUAAAAAAGCUGAGGCUGCAUUGUGCAAUGAACUGUAUGAUAGACCCGAUUUAAAUGGGUUUCCUCAAAAACUCACGCUUGAAUACAAAGCAUCAGGUAGUAAAUUGCGCGAAGAAGCAAAUGGGGAAAAUGUAAUUGAAGAAGAUGGAAGGAUGACCUUUUUGCCAACUAGUGGAGAAGGAGCUAAGGAGCCAACAAGUUCUCCAAGUAGUGGGGAGGUUUCUAAGGAGCUUAUUGUGAAGGAAAUACAGUGUGGGACGGGGAGAAAUGGGUCUGAGAGCAAUUGGAAAAGCAAUAGUUAUCAGCAAGAUCAGAGUAAGGUUAAUGAGUCAAUCAAGACGAGAGAUAAGAACGUUACCUUCUCCAAGAGUUCAGAUGAUACUAUGCUUGAUUUGUAUUCGUGGAAGUACAAUCCAGGUAAUGGUCUGGUUCCUUCUUAUCAAAAUGAUGGUGAAAACAACUUUUCUGGCUUUCGGGUUCAUGGAAAGUCUAUGCUGAAUUCAACUGAGAUUCUCGAUAGCAGCAAGGCUAAUGCAAAAUCAGGGGAAGAUGUUAGUAAACCCAAAUGGAGUGACAAAAGUCAGCUUAAGGAAGUUGAUCAACAGCAAAAGCUAAGUGGCAUGUGCUCAAAUGACAGCCUUGUGGAUAAUCCCUGGUCUAUAAGUGAUGAAUCAUCACAUCAGCCAUCAGAGCUGCGGAGAAAUUGUUUGGUUAAAAUGGUUUUCCCCUUCUCCAAGGGAGACACAUCAGCCUGUAAUGAUAGCGCUUCCGUUAUUGGUGGUAAAGAGGAGGGAAAAAGAAAAACAGAACUUGGCGACAUUAGGACUGUGAUUAAGGAUCAAGUGGAUGAGGUGGGAAGAGCUCUGUACUUUGGGAAGACUCAUGGAGGUGAUCCAAAAGAUUUCAGUGCAUUGGAUUUUCCACUCACAUCUGAGAAUCAGAAGGAAGAGUUACCAAGGUUACCACCAGUGAGACUCAAGUCAGAAGACAAGUCCUUCAGUAUUCACUGUGACGAGAAGUUCGAAGAUGAACCCGGUCCGAAUAUCAUGAGUGCUGACAAUGUCAUAGGGUCAUUUCUGGAUGUGCCUAUCGGACAAGAAGUUGGUAAAAAGACUGGAGGAGGUAAUUGGCUUUCAGUAAGUCAGGGUAUUGUUGCCGAGGAUGCUUCUGAUCUUGUUUCUGGUUUUGCAACAAUUGGUGACGGGUUGAGUGAAUCUGUUGACUAUCCAAAUGAGUACUGGGACUCUGAUGAAUACGAUGACGAUGAUGAUGUUGGCUACAUGCGUCAACCUAUUGAAGACGAGGCUUGGUUUUUAGCACAUGAAAUUGAUUACCCAAGUGACAAUGAAAAGGGUACAGGACAUGGGAGCGUUCCAGACCCUCAUGAGCAGGGUCAAAAUAAGGACGAUGAAGAUGAUCAAUCAUUUGCAGAAGAGGAUUCCUACUUAUCUGGUGAGCAGUAUAUCCAGUCGAAAAAUCUUUCUCCAAUUAUACCUUCAGGUGAUCCUACUGGGCUGUCAGUGACUGAAAAUUACAGGAGAAACGAUGAGAAUGACUUGAUCACCCAAUAUGAUGGACAAUUGAUGGAUGAAGAGGAACUAAAUUUCAUGCGUGCAGAGCCGGUUUGGCAGGGCUUUGUCACGCAGUCAAAUGAACUCAUCAUGCUAGGGGAUGGAAAAGCUCUGAAUGAGUGUGGAAGGCCUCAUCUAGAUGAUAUUUGUGUGGAUGACGAUCAACAUGGUUCUGUCAGAUCUAUUGGUGUGGGGAUUAACAGUAAUGCUGCUGAUAUGGGCAGUGAAGUGAAGGAAACUUUGGUUGGAGGUAGUAGUGAGGGAAACUUUGAGUACUCCCAUGAUCAUCAUAUUAACACUGGUAGGUCUAAACACUCACAGCAUGAUCCAGAUAAUAAUAUUGGUGAACGAAAAGGGAAAAACAGAAUAAGUACACAUAACUUCAGUGAAAAUACAAAGAGUGAUGAUAGGUGUGCAUUUCCACAAGCAAAAAAUCACGUGGAUGGAAGCUUUUCAUUUCCUCCUCCUAGAGGUGGUCAGUUGGUGUCGACAGGCUCGAAUAUAUCCUUGCGGUCAAGCAAGGACAACAAUGCUGUCAGUGAUAAAGCUGAUGAUAAUACAGUGUGUAGCAAUGACGUACUUGCUUCAAGGAGGCAAAAAAGCACCAACUCUUCGCCUGCCAAGAGCUCAAGGGACGAAAACACUGCUACUGCUGUAGGAUCAGUGAAUUCUAGUCCAUCAUCUCUUUCAAAUUAUGGGUAUAUUGAGAGAGAGCAUGUAAAGAGAGAAGAGGAUGCAAAAACAUCUAAUGUAAGAGAAGAUGAUCCUGGGGCAUCUUUAGAGGAUGAGGAGGCUGCUGCCGUGCAAGAGCAAGUGAAGCAGAUAAAGGCUCAAGAGGAAGAAUUUGAGACCUUCAAUCUUAAGAUUGUCCACAGGAAAAACAGAACUGGCUUCGAGGAGGACAAAAGUUUCCAUGUUGUUUUAAAUUCAGUAAUUGCUGGGCGCUAUCAUGUCACUGAAUAUCUUGGGUCAGCUGCUUUCAGUAAAGCCAUUCAGGCACAUGACCUUCAUAUGGGCAUUUGUUUUUCUUUUCGAGAAGUGUUUUUGCCUUCUAGGGUUUCGGGAUGCAUGAAAACUAUUCAGUCCAAUUAUUAG